AUGGUUUUGUUGCUAUUAUAUGUGGUGUACGUGAUAUUCAUGUACUACAAUCCACGAUGCGACGCGUUCUGGAACGCUUGGUGUCGCCAGCAUCCGACAUGCUGCCCUCGUGCAAUCCACACGGAGCAAGAGGAAAUCGAUUACAUGCAACAGCAUUCGGGGGCCUUCGGUCACGUGACCAGUCAACCGCAGGCACCCGGUGUUCCUAGUGCUCCCGCUCCUGAACGUGGCUAUGCCAGACUAAGUCUGGACAAAGUGGACGAUCCGUAUAUGAAUUCAAAUGUUACGGAUUCCGGUGUGACUGACGAGAAACUCGAAACCAACUUGGCCACUAUGAAACCGGACGAACUCGAGGCGCAAGUGAUCUCUCCGGAUAAAGAUGAAUCGUGGACAGAAACUUGUUUCGCUCCACUACGCUUGCCCCGACGAGAGGGUAUACGGGGAAAAAUUCACUACUUUUGUUGCCUAUGCCUAAUCCCGAUCCGGUUGGUUCUUUGUUUGACCGUGCCGGACGUACGCAAAGCCAAAUGGCGACGUAUUUUUCUCUCACACUGGAUCGCAUUCUUUAUGGCCUGUGUGUGGAUUGGCUUUUUCACGGUGAUCAUGAUGUGGAUGAUCACAAUAAUUGGUGUCACUCUCCAUAUCCCAGAUACAAUCAUGGGAUUAACGUUCAUUGCCGCCGGCUCAAGUGUACCCGAUGCGAUUGCUUCUGUUUUGGUCGUCCGAGAAGGCAAGCAUCUAAGCCACUAUUCAUGA